AUGCGGAAGGAUCCGGCAGGCAACCUCAAGCGGAUUGAGCUCAGCGAGACCUCCGGGUGCCAAAGCACCCUGAUCCAUUCUUUCCCUAGUUCCAAGGCGCCCAUACCGCAUCUUGAGGAGCCGGUCACGUCAAGCAGCGGUCAUAUCCCUCGGGUAUCUUUUCUCGAGGAGCAGACGGUGCAGACGGCAUCCAACUUAUUCCAAGCACAACCACAGUACUCAUUCGAGACUUGGGAAGAUUGUACUCAUUUUCAGGAAUCACUACUUGCCCAAACCAUCAUCUUCACCGCUGGCAUUGCCGAAGCCAAAUCUAAGGGACGCGGGGAAGAAUGUAUCAGCCAGAAUCUGCGAUUACUCAGAGCACGUACCGGACGUCAAGUACUUUUGUUUCUGGCCAAUUCUCAGCGGAAAGAAAAGAAGCGAUAUGUAUCCAUUCCACUCGAUUGCAUUGACCGGGUCGAACAGAGUAAAAAGCAUGGGAAACCAAUAUCACUCUCAUUACGGCCAAAUUUCGAGCUUUUAGCACAGAUGAAGGCUUUGCAGAUUCGAUUUCUCGAUGAACAUGACCAGCAGCGGUUUUUUGGCCUUCUUUGCCAGGGCGUCGGGUUCCAAGGAUGA